AUGUUCAGCCCGGACGGGGGGCUGCCGGCCGCCCCCUUCGGCCUUCUGACCGACGCCGGACCUCCCUUCCCCCGCGGCAGCUUCGACGGAGCGCCCGCACAGCCGCUCUUCUUCCCCUUCGCCGCCACGGCCGAGCCCGAGCCCGCCCGCGACCCGCCGCCGGCCCGCGCCUGGCUGCCCCCGCCCGUGCCCGCGCCGCCCGCCAAGGUGGAGGCGCGCCCGGGCCGGCCCUGCAGCCAGCCCGAGCCCGAGCCCCGCGCCGCCGCUUGCUGCGGCCCGGCCUGGCCGCCUCCGCCCUGGGCUGGCCCGGCGCCCUCCGGCCCCGCCGCCCUGCCCGGGCCGCCCUUCCCCGGCCCGGCUGCCCCUGCCUUCCCCGGCCCCCAGCUCUGCCCCUCCGCGCUGCAGCCGGGCUCCGGCGGCCCGUCGGGGCUGGGCAGCAGCGGCAGCUCCAGCGGCGCCGCCAGCGAGGGCGGACACUCCAGCGACAGCGGUGAGGAGGAUGCGCCAACCUCAGGAGAGCUGGAGCAGUUCGCCAAGGACCUCAAGCACAAGCGCAUCAUGCUGGGCUUCACCCAGGCUGACGUGGGGCUGGCGCUGGGCACCCUCUACGGGAAGAUGUUCAGCCAGACAACCAUCUGCCGCUUUGAAGCGCUCCAGCUCAGCUUCAAGAACAUGUGCAAGCUAAAGCCGCUGUUGCAGCGCUGGCUCAACGAGGCGGAGAACACGGACAACAUGCAAGAGAUGUGCAAUGCAGAGCAAGUACUAGCCCAAGCCCGGAAGAGAAAACGUAGGACCAGCAUCGAGACCAACGUGAAAGGGACACUGGAGAGCUUCUUCCGCAAAUGUGUGAAGCCCAGUCCCCAGGAGAUCUCUCAGAUCGCUGAGGACCUCAACCUGGAUAAAGAUGUGGUCCGGGUCUGGUUCUGCAACCGGCGUCAGAAAGGCAAAAGGCUGCUGCUGCCCUACGGCAACGAGACAGAGGGGAUGAUGUAUGACAUGAACCAGCCCCUGGUGCCCUCCACUCUGCCCAUCCCAGUGACGUCCCAGGGCUACAGCCUGGCACCCUCCCCUCCUGUCUACAUGCCGACCUUCCACAAAGCUGAGAUGUUCCCACAAGCGCUGCAGCCUGGGCUCUCCAUGAGUAACAGUGGCCACUGAACCAGGGGCUGUGGGCUCACUGCAGGUGGGCUGGUGCUCUGAGGCAGCUCCCCUUGUCUUUGUGUCACACAAGCAUAGCCCUGCUUCUGCUUGCUGGGCUGAUGUGUGCGGCUUUUGGGGUGCAAGGGGCUGAGAGCCUGACCCAGGGAUGGUGCCUGCUCUCUGCAGAUGCUCCCAGCCCUUCCCUGUUCUAUGAGCUUACUGGUCCCAGCAGCGUGGGCCCCCCUCCCGAUCUCUCCUGGAGCCAGCUCCUCCUGCCCUACUGCACCCUCUGAAGCCACAUGUGCCCAGUGCUCUUGAGCCCGUGCCUGG